UGAGAAGAUGAAGCUCUAUUCUGAGUUUCUGGGCAAGCAGCCAUGGUUUGCAGGGAACAAGGUCACCUAUGUGGAUUUCCUAGUUUAUGAUAUCCUUGAUCAGCACCGUAUAUUUGAACCCAAGUGCCUGGACGCCUUCCCAAACCUGAAGGAUUUCAUGGCUCGUUUUGAGGGCCUGAAGAAGAUCUCUGACUACAUGAAGAGCAGCCGUUUCCUCUCCAAGCCAAUCUUUGCAAAGAUGGCCUUUUGGAACCCAAAGUAGGACUACAGAGCCCAGACCUGAGGGAUUACUCAAGAGUGCCUGGCUGGCUCUGGCUCCCACCACACCAAGAGCAGCUUUCUCCUCCUUUCCUCUCCCUAGUCCUCCAUUUCCUCUUCCCAGCCCUUCCCUCAGGCAAGCCUCUGGGGUCCUUGGGCUCUCCAUUUUUGCAUUAGUCUGCUCCUACCCUGUCUUUGCCCUGCAUCCAGCCCUUCUCUUAGUGAUGGUUGGAGGAAUGUACCAGACUCGAGAAUCCUCAUCCUGGCCUGAGAGAUUAGAUCUGCCUGUGUGCUGCCCUGGUCCUCAGAGUGAGCGGCUAAGCCCCAUUUGAUUCACAAUAAAGUGUGAACCACA